AGCCCUCUCACAGUCAGAGGUACACGCAUGGGCAUGAAGAGGUGGUAGAACACACCUAUUCGCUGCCUUGCUGUAAAACGACAACCAACGUCGCGAAGACGACGAAGAAGUAACGCGCGGCCGUGACAGCGCAGGCGCACUCGCGAAUUCCUUCUAGACGUGUGUGUGCGUGCGCGUUAUACGUUCACGGUCACAUGAUUGGAGCCCUAACUUCAAAUUUCGUAGACGUCUUUUACACCCUUUUUCGUAUUUUUCUUUUCUCGGAGACACGAAAGCCGCAGUUGCCUCCCCCACUUUCUCAGGUCAUGCAGCUCGUCAGUGACCUCCAGCAGCGACCCAAGAAGGGGCGCUUAAAGAUCGAGAAGCACAUCGUCCUCUUUUAUGACCUGUGUUCGAUCGUCCAGCUCACCGUCUUUCUCAUUCACACGGUGACCACCAUGAUUGGCGCCAAACGCACCUUCAAAAACUACAUCAUCGUCGAGAACGGCUUCGCGCUGGCCCCUGCCCUCACGUACAAGACUCGAAACUGCUCCUAUCACACCAUCCGCUCCAUCUACGCCUUCACGGACGUGAACAUGACCUUCACCGCAAGCUCGAUCAACGACGUCUUUGUGGACCAGGCAAUUCAAAUGCGACUCGCCAUUUUCAUUUGCGCCGUCACUUUUUUUGUAGGUGGCGUGAAUCGAAUGCUGGUCGAGAUAAACCUUUUCGUGAUCAAGUACCGCAACUUCUACUUCUGGAAGGACAUCAUCUCUGCCACGGAGCUCGUGUUACUCGCCUACGUAGCUCAGAUUGCCGCCGCCAUCGACCCACCAAAGCACCUGCUGCGCGAUUACCUGCGGCACUGCGGCAUCCACGGCAACGCCUACCUCCCUUUUAUCAGCACCGUCAAUCUUUGGGUUUUUGUCGGGACAGGCUACUUCACCUACGUUGUCGCGCUCGCCAUUUAUCUGAACAACAGCCUGCCCAAGUACGGCAUCAUGACGUCGCAGGAGAUCGAGGAGUACAAGGCGUGGCUGCGUGCCCGCCGCACAGAACAAGAGCAGUCCCGCAUGCUCAUCGAGGAGGCGCGGAAGGUUCACGCCCGAAUUCACAUGAUGAACUCCGCGGACUUCCACGUCGGCGGUGGGGUGCCGGGCGCGCCUGCCACCACGAUUCCCCCGUACCCUUACCCCAUGAUGCCGGGAGCGGGAACCAAUCAGAUGGCGUACCCCUAUCCCUACCCCUAUCCCUACCCGUACCCGUAUGGGGUGUACCCGGGAAUGGCACCUCCGAUGCUGCCAGUGCCCGGGGGUGGCAUGCCGGGUGGAGACCCUCACCUCCCCCCGCCGCAGAUGUUCGGGGCGGGGAUGAUGCCCAUGAUGAAUGAGAUGGGCGGAGGAGCACCUCCGUAUGGGAUGAUGCCGCCGCAGGGCCCGAUGUCGUACAACGCGGCAGCGGAGAACUCCGCAGGAGCGCCGCUGCCUACCAACGACGCUCCGCAGCCGCCCAUCAACAUGCCCCGCCGGCGCAUCGUGCCGAGUGCGAGCCGUGGCAACUCUCCCUCAUACCAAUAG